AUGUUAAAGAAAAUUGUAAAAAAGUAAUUAGUUGUUUUAAUUGUGUCAAGGAAGGACAUCAUAAAAUUAACUGUCCAGAAUUUCCAAAUAAUAAACCCGAGGAGAGACAAUGUACAAAGUGCAAUAUGAUGGGGCAUAUAGCUGAAAAAUGUUGGGAAAUGUGCGGUUAUUGCAAAAGACGAGGGCGUAAAUAUGAAAAUUGUUUUGCGCAACAAAAAGAAAUAAAAAAUGGUCAGGAACUAAAAGAAGAAUUUUCAAAAAUCAUUUAAUAGAUUCAACAUAGGGGUUCAAUAUUGAAUCUGUUAAAAAAGAUAAGGCACUCACUAAGCGUAUAGUAAUGAUGGUGCAAUACAUGGAAAAUAUAAAGUCACCGGAAAUAGAAAUCUAUAAUGAAAAUUUUAAAAACGAAGAAGUAACAUUAGUAGUAGAUACAGGAUACUUACCAUUAAUACCCACCGAAUCUGGAAUAUAUUUAGGAGAAGCAUUAGUUUCAGUGAAUGAAGAAAUGGCACGAGUAUUUACUACAAAUACUACUAAUCAGGAAGUAGAAAUUACAAUACCCCCAGUAGAGUUAUUAGAUUAUACUGAAGUGGAACUUGGCAAAAGGGCGCAAAAAAAAAUGAAACAGAUGAAAAAAGAAUUGAAAAAUUAAAGGAAAUGUUAGAAAUUAAUAACUUAAAAAAAGAAGAACAAGAAUAUUUAUUAAAAUCUAUUAGAAAUUAUCCAUAUCAAUUACAUAUUCCAGGAGAUAAAUUAGGUUGUACAAAAGAUAUUUAACAUACAAUAGAAACGACUGAUAACAAUCCACUAAACAGUAAAUAUCUACGAUACCCACCUGUUCAUAAAGAAGAAAUUAAAAAACAAACAACUGAUUUACUUAAACAUGAG